AUGUAUUCUCUCCUUCCACUCCUUUUGGCUAUUGUGCCAGUGUGGAGUUUCAGCUUGAACACCCCCACCGAGUACUGGAACUACACCACCGCCAGCCUGUCCAGCACCACCUCGCAAGAAUGCAAGGACGCCUACAGCGCGCACAUCGACUGCGACGACUUUCUGCUUGCCCUGGCCGUGUCCAAGGAAGACCGCUGGUGGCUGCCGCCCGACUACGAGUCGGCCACGUUUGACCGCACCUGCACGGCCACCUGCCAGGCAUCUCUGUCGGCGUAUGUGGCGAACGUCGAGAAUACCUGCAACAAAGCCAGCGACGCAGCAUUAAAGACGAAGGACACGGGAGACCUCGGGGUAAAGGUGUUUGUGCCAGUUGUGACGCUGGGACAUAUUCUGCAAUAUGCCCUGAUGAGAUCCUGCACCAAGGAUGACGACGGAUCAUACUGCUAUAUCGGGCAGAGCAGCUCUUACUAUGACGACGGCGACUGCGACUGGACCUGCGCGCUGGCCUAUUUCUGGGUUGGUCACGAAUAUCCGUAUCAUGGCUACCAGUUCGGUUUUCAUAUGAAGGGCAUGGACGAGGAGGGCAAUCGCGUCGAGCUGAUUUCUAGCAGCGUGCUCUUUGACGAUUGGCAGGAUUCGUCGUACGGUUGGGCGACGGUCGAGAAGUGCGGAUGGACCAAGAAUGAUACAGUUCCAUUGUUCAGUACGGGCAUGUCGAAGGAGGUAGUUGAGAAACAGUCGACAACCAACUCGACUGCGAAUUCGACGGCGACCUCGACUGCGACGAUGGCUGCCGGUUCAAGUACGGUGACCAGUGCUGGACUCCACGCCGUCACCAGUGCCUCUCGAACGGGGUCAAUCCGGAUGCAUUUCGAGACAUGGAUGACAGUGUUGGUUCUUGCUAGUGGGAUAAUGGUCCUUUAA